AUGACCUCCGGCCCGCCGUCGCCUUCCGGCAAGGCUUACUCCCGCAAAUCUCACGGCCCCGGCCCCAAAUCCUCCAAGGCCCGCUCCUUCGACGCUCACAAUGGCCCGCUGAUCCCCACCGUCACCUUCUCGCUCCCCUCGACGCCGGCCACGCGACGAGAGCUGCGGCGCCGCCUCUCCGCGGAGCUCGCACAGGUGCGCGCCGCCUACAAGCGCAUAAGCUCCCUCCCCGCUCCCGCCCCCUCCUCCGCGCUCUCCGCCACUGACCCCUCCACCCCGCUCCCGCCGCACCCCUCCGUCUCCAAGCACAAGUCCAAGAAGGGCCCCCCGAACCCGUCCGGCUCGGCGGAGGCGCGGCGCAAGCUCUACGCUCCCGUCUUCAGGAGCUGCGCCGUGGUGCUUGCGCGGCUGAUGAAGCACAAGCACGGCUGGGUGUUCAACGUGCCGGUCGACGCCAGCGCGCUUGGCCUGCACGACUACCACACCAUCAUCACCAAGCCCAUGGACCUCGGCACCGUCAAGUCAAGGCUGGCCGCCGGGCACUACAAGUCGCCGCGGGAGUUCGCAACUGAAGUCCGUCUGACUUUUCAGAACGCCAUGAGGUACAACCCCAAGGGGCAGGAUGUGUAUUUCAUGGCCGAGCAGCUUCUAAAUAUGUUCGAGGAGAAGUGGCCAGAGAUUGAAGCUGAGAUGGCACAGCUGUCACCGCAGCCACCUACACCAUCAUCUGCCCCGCCCAAGAAGCAGAAGCAGAGGGAGAGGGAGAGAGAGAGGGAGAUGGAUAGUGCUAGAGUACUAGAGAGGUCUGACUCCACAGCGCAUGCUGCAGCAUUGGAGGCUCCCCCGAAGCCGCACGCUGGUACCGCCAGACCCCCAGUUUUAAAGAAGCCAAAGGCAAGGGAUCCUAAUAAGAGGGAGAUGACGUUCUGGGAGAAGCAGCGGCUUAGUAACGACCUCCAGGACUUGCCAGCCGAGAAGCUCGAUAAUGUUGUACAGAUCAUAAAGAAGAGGAACUCAUCACUUAAUCAGCAUGACGAUGAGAUUGAGGUUGAUAUAGAUAGCUUUGAUGUUGAGACAUUAUGGGAGCUUGAUAGGUUUGUGACAAACUACAAGAAAAGUAUAACCAAGAAUAAGCGGAAGGCCGAGCUUUCCGUAGCAAGGCAGGAUGAGUCCGACCAUGAGCCGGAUUUGGAGAAGAUUGAGCAUGCCAGGCAUGAUGAGGGAGAGCAGGAUCAGAUGCGCACAGUACAUAAUACGAUCCCAGAACCAGAAGCAAUUGAUGUAGUUGAUGUGGUUGAUGUUGAACCGCCUAUGGUUGAAGCUGAACCACAUAAGGAAAUUGCAGCAGAUGACAAUGGGAGAUAUAUGGGUUCAUCAUCACCUGCUCAUUUAGAAGAUCAGAAAGGAGACAAUGUCGGUAGAUCAAGUAGUUCUGGAAGCUCUAGCAGCGAAUCAGGGUCUUCCUCCAGUGAUACGGAUUCUGAUAGUUCAUCAGCAGAUGGCUCUGAUGCCGCACAGUCACCCAAAUCGUAA